AAACCACAUUGCACACGCUGUAACACGAUUUGAGUACAGUGAAGCCUGAAACCAACGAUCGAAGAAGACGCAACAUGCUUGAAUUCAAUAAUGGCCAAAAAGCUUUUCAAUUUGAAUGUUCCAUAUCGAUCAUUCUCCUCCACACCCGAAACUCCCACUCUCUACUCUUUCCUUCAACCAUGUUUAUUUUCCCUCAAAAAACCCUAUUUUGAUCAACCCCAAAACCUCCCAACUUCUCCACCACACUCCCUCUCCCUCACACCUCACCAACUUUCAUCUCUUCAAACAACUCUCCACAAAUCCCUCAUCACUUCUCAAACCGAUGAGGCUUGGAAAUCCUUCAAAACCCUCACAACCCACCGUUCCUUCCCACCUAAACCCCUCACCAAUUCCCUCCUUACCCACUUAUCCUCCCUCGGCGACAUUCACAAUCUCAAAAGGGCUUUUGCAUCCACUAUCUAUCUCAUUGAGAAAAACCCGAACUUGCUCCAUUUCGAUACCAUCCAUACCAUGCUUGUUUCCAUGAAAUCUGCCAACACUGCUGCCCCGGCUUUUGCAAUUGUUAAAACAAUGUUUAAAAAUAGGUUUUUUAUCCCUUUUGAUUCGUGGGGUGGUGUGGUUAUUGACAUUGCCAGGAACAAUGAUAACCUUGCUGCUUUUUUGCCUGUUUUUGAAGAGAACUGUAGGGUUGCUUUGAGUGAGAAGAUGGAGUUUAUGAAGCCGGAUGUUGCUGCUUGUAAUGCUUCUCUUGAAGCUUGCUGUUGUUGCCUUGAAUCGGUAACGGAUGCUGAGAGAGUUGUUGGAAUAAUGUCGAAUCUCGGUGUUAAACCUGAUGAGUUUAGUUUUGGGUUUCUUGCUUAUUUAUAUGCACUUAAAGGGUUAGGAGAUAAGAUAGAUGAGUUAAAAGUUUUGAUGACGAGUUUUGGUUACUCGAAAAACAAUAAAUGUUUUUAUUCUAAUUUGAUUAGUGGUUAUGUUAAGUCUGGUAAUUUAGCUUCUGUGGAGUCGAGUUUUCUCACUAGUCUGAAUGAUAGAGAUGGGGAGGAUGUUUGGAGUUUUGAUAGAGAUACUUUUUGCUUAGUGGUUAAGGAGUAUCUUCAGAUGGGAAAUAUCAAGGGUUUGGCUAAUUUGAUUAUUGAAGCUCAGAAGUUUGAGUCUUCAAAUGUCAAAGUUGACGAGUCUUUAGGAUUUGGUAUUGUUAAUGCAUGUGUUAGUAUUGGAUUAUCAGACAAAGCACACAGUAUUCUCGAUGAAAUGAAUGCUUUGGGAGGCUCUGUCGGUCUUGGAGUCUAUGUACCGAUCUUGAAGGCUUACUGCAAAGAGAAUCGAACUGCCGAGGCUACUUUAUUGGUGAUGGAGAUUAGUAGUUCAGGUCUUCAGUUGGACGUGGAAACGUAUGAUGCUCUGAUAGAAACGUCAAUGUCCAGUCAAGACUUCCAGUCGGUGUUUUCUCUGUUUAGAGAUAUGAGAGAGGCGAGGAUUACUGAUUUGAAAGGGAGUUACUUGACUAUAAUGACAGGUUUGAUGGAGAAUAAUCGACCUGAGUUGAUGGCAGCUUUCUUAGAUGAAGUGGUUGAGGAUCCACGCGUUGAAGUUGGUACUCACGAUUGGAAUUCUAUAAUCCAUGCUUUUUGUAAAGCUGGUAGAUUAGAAGAUGCAAGGAGAACUUUCAGAAGGAUGAUAUUCCUGCAAUUUGAGCCAAAUGAUCAGACUUACUUGUCCAUGAUCAACGGAUAUGUUUCGGCAGAGAAAUAUUUUGAUGUAAUGAUGCUGUGGAAUGAGGUUAAACGAAAAUUAUCAGCCGAUGGACCAAAGGGGAUCAAAUUCGACCAAAAUCUGGUUGAUGCAUUCCUGUAUGCUAUGGUCAAGGGAGGUUUCUUUGAUGCUGUGAUGCAAGUUGUUGAGAAAUCUAAAGAGAUGAAAAUAUUUGUUGAUAAGUGGAGAUACAAACAAGCAUUCAUGGAGAAACAUAAAAAGCUCAAAGUGGCCAGGUUAAGAAAAAAGAAUUUCAGAAAAAUGGAAGCGCUUAUUGCUUUCAAGAAUUGGGCUGGCUUAAAUGCAUGAACUGUAUGUACCGGUGAGUGACUACCUCUUAUCUCAAGGAUUAUAUCAUCACUUCUGGAUAUAACAGCUUAAAAUGAUAGUCAAACAAGGAUUCAUUUCAACGUAGAUGUUCUUUCGAGAAGCGGGCUUUAUGAUUUCACAAAUUCAAAGCACUUCAAUAUUUUACAUUUCUCGAUAACAAACAACAGAAUUUUGGGUCUUGCGGGUACUCCUUAAGUUCCUAUUCUCUUUAUAAUUUUUGAUGUAAUACGAAGGUAUUUAUUCACAAUCUUUUAACAAGUGUUUACGCCUAAUUAUAGCAUUUUUGGGCCCAAUGUAAUAAUUUUUACUAUCUUGUUCUCACUUCUCUCCCGAUUUUUCUCAUUGUUUGCGCCCUCAGCUCCCUUAUUGUACAUAAAAUAAGAACUUCAAACACACACUGAAUCAGUGAACUUCUUAUGGUUUUAAGGAGGAAGUGAUAGGCAACUCUAAGGCAUAUUUAAUACCACCAUACAUCUUAUAGUUCAAUAUCAUACACCUCAACUAUUGUUUGUACGAACUUCUUUGCAUUCAAUGUUCUUAUUGCUUGUUUUUGCUUCCA